AUGCGUGUCGGUUGCCGCGUGGAUGAUGUUUGUGUUAACAACAUCAGCUACGCGGACGACAUGGUGCUGCUGCGCCCGACAGCGAGGUCGGUCGAAGAGAUGCUGAAGGUCUGUGCUGACUACGCUGCUUCUCAUGGUCUCCACUAUAACAUUAAAAAGUGUGAACACUUUAGUUUUACGGCCGCCGUUAAUAAUCUUAAAAAAGAAUUCCCAGAAGUAACCCUGAACGACAUGAAAAGAGUAACUUCUUUCAAAUAUCUAGGUCAUUACAUUACAGACGACCUUAAGGACAAUGCCGACAUUGAAAGAGAGCGUAGGGUUCUAGCGUUAUCUCUCAAAGUUUCUACACCGGAAGCCUAUGGGUUGACUACACCAAACAGCCGCUGUGGACUGCCUCGUUUCUGCAGCGCAUCGGGGAUGUUUGCAGAGUAUGAGACGGAUGGUUUUGCUGCCAUCUGCCGGAAAAAGACAGCAUCCCUGAUGCGCGGAGUGCGGGACAGUCCCAACAGCAUCCUGCAAACUGUGGCUGGUAGGAUUACCUCUCCCAUGUGGCAACGCUUCAUGAGAAAGACAAAGACACAAGUUUGCGCGUUUAUCGCUAAAAAGACUCUUGCUGCAGACCUUCAGUUCCAGAACAAGCCAGUAAACAUCUCGGAGAGCGUGGCGAUCCUCGGUGUGGACAUCUCUUGUAACGUUCAGUUUCGUAGUCACUUAGAUGGCAAAGGCAAGCUGGCGUCCAAAAAGCUCAGUAUGCUCAACUGA